ACCUGUGUAAAGCCACUCCUUUCUCAGAACACAUCAGAGAUGGUUGAGAAACAGAGGCAGAAAAAUGCACUGAAACCCAACGCAACUUUAAUAUUUUUUAUCCAUUUUGACUCUGGUUUUGUCUGGGACUACUGUGAACAUUAGGCAGUCUGCGUUUUAUUUUUUGGUUUUUCUGUUUUGUUAUUUUUGUGGUGUGUAUUAUAUAUUGCUUUAACAAUAUAUAACCCACAACAUACAGGCAGCUAUCAUAGAGCAGGUAUUUUUUGUGACUCCACGAACCUGAUGAAGAUGUGGUCUGUGAAUGUCAUUAUCCUCCUUCUGUUCUGCUAUGCUUGUCUUUCGACUGGAAAUGGAAAAGUGUAUUUUGUCUCCAAGAACUUUUACAAUGUGCUCCACUGGGAUCCUGAGGAGCCUACCUCCCCUGGAGAGAAGGUGCUCUAUAGCGUCGAGUACAAGAGCUAUACUGCGGAGCAGUACCAGAUAAAAGAAGAGUGCCAGAACAUUACUGCUCUGACUUGUGACCUGACUGCAGAAACCCCGUCUGAUCCCUAUGUUUACUACAUGGCUCAGGUGUUUGUUAAUGAUCGCUUUCUGGGCCGCAUCGCCAACAGGCUUAGUCCAAUAGCAGACACUACUUUUGGUCCACCCACCCUGUCUAUAAAAACAACAGUGUCAUCUCUGUAUAUUGAUGUCACUCUGCCCUUGGGGCCAAAUGGAGUCUCCAUUGCUGAUAUUAUCAGCAGAAGCAAAAAUGGGCCCUCCAAAACUGUACCUGUUUAUACCUUAAAAAUCACUGAACCAGCAUGGGCAACACUGACCAAGCACAACACAACCGGCCGGUUUGCUGUCAUCAACUUGAAGAACAACCAAACAAAGUACUGCGGCCAUGUGUCUUACAAGCCAUCUGCUGAAUGGGGCCGCAGAGAGAGUCAGAAGGAACACUUCUGUGUCACGCUGCCAGGUGACACUCGAAUGCUUCUGUCAUGGCUUCUCACAAGUGCUGUUCUUCUGGCAGUAAUAGUCACAGUGUCAGUUGUGUGGACAUGCAAUUACAUGAAGGGUGGAAAGCAAAAUGACAUGCCACAGUCACUGGUACCCCCUUCUGGUACACCGUGUAGAGUAAUGAAAACUCCAGACAGGCAUAUCAUGAUUUCUAAAGCAGUGGUCAACACUCCAAGUGACCAAACAGUUUAUGCCACCAUCCAGGUGAAGCCAAAUUUUCCCUCAGUUAGUACUGGAGGUUACUCCCCCCAGGACAUCCCCUGGCAAGACAGCACUGAGUCCUCUGUGGGCACAGGUACACACAAUCCAAACCCAAAUCCCCAAGAUACGAGCACCCAGUCCUCUGAAAUCUACAGUGCAGUGGCUGUCCAGGUCUGCACUGUGGAGAGCGAAGAUUUUCAGCCCUCUACCACUGAAGACAGAGAAAUGCGUAACCUACCACCUACCACUUCCACCGGAGAACCCUGGAAAAAAUGUGGAGUGACUCCAAACCUGAAGACAUGUGUAGUACCACCAGUAGCUGAUCAGGAUGCCUGUGAGAGCAGUCCAGCAGGGCCACUGCUAUUGCACACAGUGCGCGACCCCAAUGGACAGCUUGUGCUGCCUUCACUCACGCUUUUACAGAGGAACACAGGUGACACAGUAUCACCUCUGAACCCAGAGAGAAAACCUCUUUUAACGGACCUCAUAGACUCUAAGAAUGAGGGACCAUCGUUAGUAUCCCUGAGGAGCUUUGAUAGCUCUGAGUGGUCAGACUCUGGGUGUGAUGAUAGCACUGUAAACACACCAACCCAGCCGUACUGCCAUACCCAUUACAACCCAUCUCAACCAGUUGUUUCAGGUUAUCACCGGCAAUGUCAGGACACACCAACUAGUGAUGCUACAUUUGAUUCAGGUUACAAACGAAACUGGAUGCCUGCAGUCUUUCAUGAAGCUGCAUCCAAAUACAGCUGUGAAUACAGAAGGACAAACUAUCCUUGGACCUGGACCGUUCCCAAGGAGGAGGAGGAAAGUGAGGGAGAUGAGGACAGGGGACGGGAAGACAGAUCGACGCAAUUUCUUCUGGGAGGUUGGAUGCUACAAAUUCAAGAAUAGCUCCCCACUCCAUAACUCUAAAAACAUGCAGUGCCUCAUUUGGGUCAACGAGUAUCGGUAGAGAUGAUUUCAUCAUAGUCGCCUUCUUAACAGAAGGGGGAGGAGGAGGUUGGUAGGAUGGGUUAUUUAGUGAUUCAGCAAACAAAACGCUCUCUGUUUCUGUGUAACUAAGAGACAGACUCAUAAAGUCUCCCUUCAAGUGAAGACAUAAAUUUAUCCUGAACUGAGUCACACUUAACAACCUCCUCUGGGCCUUUAAAUACAUUUCAUUGCUGGUUUUAUUUAUUAAAUAUUUAAAAAAAGUAUGGGGGAUCAUUUUAAGUUGUGGGUUUAUAACAUAGCAUAUACAUACUUUUUUGAGUCCUUGUUUACUUUAUUAAGCAAUUGUCUAAUAUAUGAACCAAAUUUAAAAUAUGUAAAAUUGCUGAAAGCUGCACCAAAAUGUAACUUCUUUCAUUACUGAUAUAAUCUAAUCUGUACUUAACCUCCUAUUGUCAUGUGGUUAAAGUGUAAAUCAGUGAUUGCUUUGUGCUCAAAUGUAUCAGCAGCAGCAAUGGGAAUACACCAACUACUGUACAAGGUUCAAAGUUCAACAAUAGUUUUUUGUGUUUGUUUUUGUUUUUUUUUUAAAAAAAAGUCUAAAGCCGUGUUCAGACAGCUAAAAUCUGAUUUGUUUACAUAAUGGAAAAACACAUGAUCACAUCAGUCAUGUUUGUCAAAUCCAACCCUCUCUCCUAGAAAUGAUAUCCAUAUAUUACCAUUACUUUUUUAAUUUAAUUCAAAUGCUCAAACCAGUUUUUAAGUCCGUUCCUACUGUUCUUGAACAAACUUUGCACACCUGCACCUGGUCAAAAAGAUGCUUCACACGUUAUCUGUUAAAAAGUAGAGUAAACAAUAGCCCAGUCUCUUCACACACAGUUCACAUGUGCAUAUGUGUGCUAUCACUAUGACGCCACAUCAUUGCAACUUAUUACACUCCCUAAAUACACGAACCCAGUCUGGUCACUUUAAAAUUACAAUGUGGACAGUCAGCCUUAAAGAUUAGAUAUGAAAACCAAUCUGAUUGCUUUGUGGCUGAACAAAGCACUAGACACACAGUUCAGUGCCUACUGUCACAUUUUUCUGAUUUAAAUGGGACUAAAAUGACUGAAUUUCUUUCUAGAAAUGAAUAUAGGCCUGUUUUUACGCUUGCCAACAUGUCAGUAUUAUCAGUGAUGUAAGAAAUACAUUAAAUGAUUGCAUCUGUACAUAAAAAAAGACUGUAUUAUAUGAAUGUAUAUUUUUUCUGACUCACAAAAGAUCAUGAACUCAUUUUGCUCUCCUCAUUGUUUGCUGUUCUUUCACGGUAAGAAAAUGUAGCGUGUAAAAGUAUAUUAGAAGGGCGGGUCAAGGUGCAACCUAAGACAAACUGAUAACAGCUAGGUUUUUAAUAGCCUGAACACAAUCUCCUAUACGCGGCUGUAAAGUUAUAAUGUCAGGUGUGUUGUAACAGUGUGAUGUCAGUUGCAUAUGAACCCUUUGUACUUUACUGUGGGCAUGAAUGUAAAUGAAUGAAUGCAAUACAAAGUCGAAACUGUGUUUUAUUCUGUAUUUACACAUUGUGACUUUCUGCAGUGCUAAAUGUUUACGUUGAAGAUAUUAAACCCUUCAGAAAGUA